AUGUUCGCUCGUACUCGAGCCCGUGCGCCCAGCUCUGUUCAACCAUCGGGCAACGUCGCUUCCGACUUCGAGCCCGCAUUUGAAGUGGCGACAGCGGAUACACGUAAACAUAGAUUGUAUAAACAAGCCCGUGCUCUUGCCGUCAGGUUGAGCAUAAUUGACGACGAUGAUGUAGCCUUUCCGAGAGCACAAGACACCGUCAACAAUGGCUCUCAGAUAGACGGUCACGGCAACACUCACGUUACGAAUACUCCGGAAAGCCUCUCUGUGCGGCGUCAAGGAUCCGUGGGUACCCAUCGGGCGACUGGACCUAAGUGUGUGAUCUGCACUAAUCACAUCUAUGGCGACGAAUUCCGUGCACCUUGCGGGGACUUUUACCACAGAGAAUGCAUCGUGGCGCUGUUCGAAGCAGCGGUGCAGGACAAGUCGCUCGUCCCGCUGCGCUGCUGUGGGAGGCGUAUUAUCCUCGCGUCUGUCCAGCAAUUCCUGAGCCCCGCGCUCGUUGAGCUUUACCACGCAAAGGACAAGGAACUUGGGACGCUCAAGCGUGUCUACUGCGCGAACCCGUCAUGCAGGCUCUUUCUGUGCGCGCAUGUUAGGGGAGCGUUCUGGCGCUGGCUCCCGCACCGUAUGAAGUACAAGUGCUGCCCCGACUGUGGCACGGUCACAUGUACUCGGCUUGACCGCCAGGACCCGCCGCCAUAUCUGGGCGUUGGUGGCGAGGUGCCGCCGCCUUAUUGGGCCCACCUGCGGCCGCCACCUUAUCCGGACGAAUCAGUCCUACUUCUUCUGAUCAAUGCACGACAGUCCCCCACGUCUGUCGCUCGACAACCUCCGCAGCGCAAUGUGACGGCACGUGCAGCUGCAUGCCCGUCUCUGCCUCGCACGUCUGUCGCUCGCCAACCUCCGCAGCGCAAUGUGAUGGCAUGUGCAGCAGCUGCACACCCGCCCCGGCCUCGCGCGUGUGCUGCCCUUCAACCUCUGCAGCGCAAUGUGAUGGCACGUGCAGCUGCUACUCAGGAGCUCCCGGGUGCAGUCAACUGUACUAGCUCUUGGACCUACGUCGCUGGCACGUUAAAGCGCUUUGCGCCUAGGCACCAGAAAUCGCUUGCUGACAGCGAAUUGCCUGUGCUUGCUACCAAAGAGGUGCUUAUCCCGCAAAUGAACAAACGAACAGCAAGAGUUGAGUAG